GUUAUGCAAUCUCUAUAUGAGGACACUGAAGUGUCGUAGAAAAUAAAAGAGUAUUAGAUUGGAGUUCUGAGAUGAUUAAAAUGUGCUACUGAAAUGGCUAUCAGAACAAACUCAUCUGAGUAUUAUUGGUCUUAUGAAUAUUACUGGGACUAUUUGGAUCCAGUUCCUGUAGAUGAAAGGAAGUUGAAGGCUAAUAAAUAUUCAAUUGUCAUAGCCUUUUGGGUUGGUAUUGCUGCAUUUGUGGUGUUUCUGUUCCUUAUAUUGCUCUACAUGUCCCGAUCUGGGUCUACACCAGUCAAACAAGUGCUUGCAGGUAACCGAAUAGAACAUCUGGAAGGAAGUAGCUCCAAUGUUGAGCAGCUGCAUUGUGAUGAUCUCAACAGUCCAGACUCAGACUUGAUCGCUACUGAACCAUGUAAUUCUCUUUCAGAUGAAAUUGGCAUUCAUGGAAGCAUCUCGGCUUGAGUGAGAACUGGAAACUGAUUCCUUAAAAACCAAUCAUAGUGAUUAUGACAGUGGGAAGAUACAAGAAUACCCUUGCUACCUUUUAGUAGCUGUAUAAAAUUAAACUAAAUUAGCCCUGAAAAAGAGAACAAAAAUAAUUUUAAAAACUAAGACUAAAAUUCAAAAUAUUCAAACCUAGAUGCCUAAUGAUUUAGGCUUCUUAAGCCAUUUAGGCACCUAGCUAGACUUGCUGUUUAUUAGAGGUGUUGAAUAAUCCCAGAUCUUGCAAAUUACUAAUGUACUAGAUGUAAGAACAACUUAAAAAAAUAAUCAGGGACAGAUUCUGCUCUCAGUUACAUGGUUGUAAAUCUGAAGCAACUCUUCUGUUGUCAAGUAUAUUACUCUGAUUUACUCCAGUGUGGCUGUGAGCAGGGGCUGUUCCUGCAAAUAGAGGUAGAUAAAAGUGGUUCUCAAUCUUUCCAGACUACUGUACACCUUUCAGGAGUCUGAUUUGUCUUGAGUACCCUAAUUUUACCUCACUUAAAAACUACUUGCUUACAAAAAUCAGACAUAAAAAUAAAAAAGUGUCACAACACUCCAUUAAUGAAAAAUUGCUUACUUUCUCAUUUUUACCAUAUAAAAUACAUGUAUGAAAUUUCAGUUUGUACUGACUUCACUAGUGCUUUUCAUAUAGACUGUUGUAAAAUGAGGCAAAUGUUUAGAUGAGUUGAUGUACCCCCUGGAAGACCUCUGCCUGGGGUUCGUAUACCCGUGGUUGAGAACCACUGGUAUAGAAUACCAAAGUAGAUUCCAGUCCUGCAAACUGUUACGAAUUGAGCUUGCCUUUAUGCACUAGAUAUCAUCUUCAGCUGAGCUGUUCAUGUGCAUGGAGAGAAGAUGUGUAAAUCUUUGCAGGAUCAAAGGUUUUAUUAAUUUGAAGAGAACCCUUUGAUUGUAUUAGAUUUAAAUAUUUUUCCUGCAAUACUUAUUCCUUAUGAGCUCCAUCAUGACCAUAAUCAUCAGUCUUAUUUCCUCAGGUGCCUGUCCUUAGCUCAUCUUCUCAUUGCCAACCUCAUCUUAGCAUAUUGCAUUAUCUUCGGGCCACUUUGCUGAGAAGGACAAUUUUAGAGCAAAGUCAAAUUUAAAAGCCUUGUGACUGCAGAGCAGAGAAUUGCACCUGGCUCCACCGGCUUCAAAUUCAGAUAUUUUUUAAAGUAUAACAGAAUGUGUUUUAUUUACUUUAAUAUUUAAAAAUAUCUGGUUACUUUAAAAAAAGUUUACCUGCUUAGUUUAGCCAAAGAUUAAAAGCAGCAUUUCUUACCAUAAACAAAGUGAAGUGUAUUUGUAAAUAAAGCUGGCAAGUGACACUAAUCAUGACCCAGUAGCCACAGGUUUGCCCUCUGAAAGAUUGUAUAAACCAAUUUCUAGUCUGCUUUAAUGACCAGAAAGAAAAUGUUAACACUGAAACUCUGCCAUUAUUUGAUUGCUACCACUGGUCUUAAAGUCGGAUGAAAACUUUGCAGUCUUUUACUUCUGACAGUUUUAUCAUCAGCGCAACAACUUGCAGUGUUGCCAACUCUUGGGAUUUCUUCACAACUGAUGUGAUUUUGGUCAGGGCUGGAGCCAGUCUGGCGAUGAAAUGAGACGCUCCAACCCUCUGUCGGGAGGAAAAGUAAAACCCCCUCCAACUUUCUUACUGCCUGGGGAAAAGCAUCCAAUCAGAGCU